GAUAACUCCAAUUUGCAUUUAUCGGAUGAAGAUCACUUUGUUGCCUUUGCGCGCAACAGGUUUCCAACUAUAAGAGGAAGGAGAAAACUGCAACCAGGACGAAACUGAGAGGGAUCCACUUUUAUUCCCUGCUUUUCUGGGUUCAUUCCUCUGGCUCCCCCUUCCUCGUCUGGAUUCACUAUAGGACGCUCACAGCCAUCUGGAGUGAUACCCUUUACUUCCAAGCAUCUCAUACCAGUAAAGGCAAAUGGAGCAAACCUAUGGAGAGGUGAACCAAUUAGGCGGCGUGUUUGUGAACGGGAGACCCCUACCCAACGCCAUAAGGUUGAGAAUCGUGGAGUUGGCCCAGCUCGGAAUCAGACCCUGCGACAUAAGCCGACAGCUGCGAGUCUCCCAUGGCUGCGUGAGCAAGAUUUUAGCAAGGUACAACGAGACGGGCUCCAUCUUGCCCGGUGCCAUUGGUGGGAGUAAGCCGCGCGUAACGACGCCAAACGUGGUGAAGAACAUCAGGGAAUACAAACAGAGCGACCCCGGGAUCUUUGCCUGGGAAAUCAGGGACAGACUUCUCGCCGACGGUGUUUGCGACAAGUACAAUGUUCCAUCCGUGAGCUCCAUCAGUAGGAUUUUACGCAACAAGAUCGGGAAUCUCUCCCAGCCCAACCAGUACGAGAGUAGCAAGCAAGCAUCCUCGCAGGCCGGGCUCUCCUAUAACCAUAUAUACCCUUAUUCCUACCCCAACACAAUGUCUCCAACAGGCGCUAAAAUGGGCACCCCCCCUGGGGUACCAGUGACUGCUGGGCAUGUUAGCAUAUCCAGGGCAUGGCCUUCCCCGCACACUGUCAGCAACAUCCUGGGAAUACGAGCAUUCAUGGAUCCUACAGCCAUUGCUGGGACGGAGGGAUAUCCGACAAAAAUGGAGGACUGGGGCUGUGUGAACAGAGCAGCUUUCCCUGCUCCUCACACGGUCAACGGGAUCGACAAGCCAGCCAUCGACGCCGACAUUAAAUACGCUCAGCCUUCCUCGACCCUGUCCAGUUACGUCUCAGCGUGCGCCUACUCUCCAAGCAACCAGUAUGGAGUGUAUAGUGGCCCAGCAGGUGGCUAUGUGGCCCCUGGGCACCACCACUGGCAGCCCCAAAGCCCGGCCCUGUCCCACCCAGGCAGCGGCAUGACCAUGCACGCAGGGGAGAUCCACUCGCCCAUGGCCUUCAAACAUCAAGUUCGAGAAGGAGACAGAAAGCCUCCCAGUCCCCUGAGUAAACAGACACAGCAGCAACAUGAAGACUUGAACGGUGUGCACGGACUCAGCCUCGCUACCUCAUCCUCAUAACCGGGACUCAAACACACCUUAAUUACCAGAAACAUUUACCUGAACUCAUUUCAACUGCUCCAACAGUAAGUGAGAUCACCACAGCGGCUUGUUUGUGACUGACAGUCAGAAACAGGAACAGAAGCCCCGUCCAGAUGCGUAACGCGUGCGCGCAGCAGCUCUGUCGGCCUUCAUGGCCACUUGAAUGUAAGCUUGCAUGGAUUUUUUCCCCCCCCUCCCUGGUGGACAGUUUAUUUACUCUCUCUGUUGUUGAAACAAUUAAUGCUGCAAUAGGCUGUAUCUAAUUGAGGCUACAGGAUAAAAAUACUUUUAUAUCCGCUCAAUGUUUAUAAAAAGCCAAGAUCUAUUCUGUAAUUCGAGAUUUAUUAUUAUCUUAAAUUGUGGCCAGUGACUUGACGAUGCGAACAAAAGUUAUAAAUUGUCUAAAUGUAAAAUAUAUGCUAAAGCUUUAAUUAUAUUUUUUAUAUUUUCAUUGUGAAUAUUGAAAAAUAAAGGCUGUUUUCAAUGCCAUGUUG